AUGGGAAUGGGAAUGAGAAUGGGAAUGGAAAUGGAAAAUGAGAAUGGGAAAAUAAAUGAAGUGACGGGAUAUGAUUUCCAACGUGGAAGUGGCGCUGGGGGCGCUGGUGGCGUAUACGGCCUUUUUGUUACUGACAUCAAUGUUCCAGAAAUUGUUGACUUUCGGGAUAAUGUGACUUUGUCGUGCAGCUAUGAUAUGAGUGGGCACACAUUAAACUCCGUGAAAUGGUACAAAGAUGAAAAUGAGUUUUUCAGAUACUCACCAAUGAUGUCCCCGGUUUACAUGAAAUUUCCAGUUGUUGGAAUUGUGGUCAGUGAAAACAAAAAUUUCUGCAACGAAUUUUCGUGCCAAAUAGAAUUAAAUUUGCAAGGACAAACAUCAUCAGGUGUUUACCGCUGCGAGGUUUCCGGUGAUGCACCACACUUCAAACUCACAACAAAAGCUGCAAAUAUGACAGUUUCAGCACUGCCGCAAAAUAAUCCGCUUAUAAGAAGCUUUCACUCAAUGUACCGGCUUGAUGAAUUCGUCACAGCAAACUGCUCAUCGGAUUACUCAAGUCCGCCAGCAACAUUGACUUGGUACAUAAAUGGCGAGAGGGCUUUUCCAGGUGAAUUACAACCUACCAUCGAACAAACCAUACCUGCGCACGAUUACAACUUGACGAAACAAACCUUGCAAGUACAUUUCUAUCUUAAUGGACCGAGAUACUUCAAUUCGGGAAGGAUGUUGCAGUUGAAGUGUGUGGCGGAAAUCGACAAAUAUCCAAAGCUGAGGCGAGAGACAACGUUAAGUGCCUCCCUAAUGCAUGAUGAAAAUUUAAACAAUCAAAUGCUGCUAAGCUCGGUACAGGAAUUUCCUUUUGUUACUAAAGUUUUGGACCUAAAUGUGAUUUGA